GAUAGCACCGAUCUGUAUGAUCGAUUGGAGAACCAACCGGACUUGACAGUCAGGAGAACGAUCCGUUGCUCGAACGCUUUUGAAAAUAAUACACGAAGCUCCAGCAGGAAAUCUAAUCUUAAGAUUAUGAAUCGAAAAGAGCGAGGCGGAAUUUUAAGGGAAGAACGCGAGCUCUCUUGUAACUGUGAGUAUUAAUUUUUGCCGAUUGGGCGAAGCUCAGACAGAUUUUGGUUAGGGUUUUAAGAAGACGGAGAACCCUGCGUCCAGAAUACCACCUUCUCUAGUUUAACCCAUUUCCAAUUCGGCCGCCUUGGGCACUCCUUUCUUGAGCUACAAUUGACAAUUCUGCUGCCAUCUUCGUUAAAUUUCGUUAUUCUCUUUUCUACAGUCCACUUUUGGGAUCUUCUUGAUCUGUCACUGCCUCCUGAUCUUCAACAGGCUUCGGGUCAAACUAUCCUUUCGUCUUCCAUCUUGAGCAAAGCAUAUUGAUUUGCCAUUUCUCCGGUCGCCCCAUAUUUCUGAAAUGCGAGAUGCCGUUGCCGCCAAUAGUGAAAUCCGAACUUUCGAGCUUCCGAAGGAUCUCUCUCUCGAACCCUUCUGGCUUCAAUCAAUGCCGUCUCAUUUCCAGCCUCAAGGUCGUGUGGCGCAAGGACACCCAUAUAGACGAGGCCAUUGAGAAAGAUAAGAGAUGGCGCCUCUGCUCCAGAGUCGUCAAGGAGGUGCUCAACGAACCUGGCCAGGUAAUCCCCAUAAAGUACUUGGAGAAGAGAAGAGAAAGGUUGCGGCUCACCGUUAAAGUGAAAACCUUCCUCAACCGCUACCCUGGGCUAUUCGAGAUCUACCCAGAUCGAAUAAAGCCUAAAUCUGAGCUCGUCCCCUUUCUCAGAGUUGGCCCCCGUCUUCGUCAGUUUAUCGACGACGAGAAAAGGAUCAGAGCGGAGAACGAACCGCUCGUUGUCGCGAAAUUGAGCAAAUUAUUAAUGAUGUCGAAGCACAAAGUGGUCAGUGCCGAUAAGCUGGUUCAUGUCAAGAGGGAAUUCGGAUUCCCGGACGAUUUCUUGUGCAGUUUGAUCCCCAAGUACCCUGAGUUGUUCAGAUUGGUAGGUUGUCCGGGCGAAGGGAAAUCGUUUCUGGAGCUGGUUUCUUGGAGGCCGGAGUUUGCCAAGUCUGUGAUCGAAUUAAGGGCGGAGGAGGAAUCCCGGCUUACGGGCAUUCGAAUGAGGCCGGCUUUCAAUGUACAUCUCCCUCCAGGGUUCUUUCUUAAGAAGGAGAUGCGAGAAUGGGUGAGGGAUUGGAUGGAGCUUCCUUAUAUAUCCCCUUAUUCUGAUGCUACCCAUUUGGAUCAAGCUUCACCAGAGAUGGAGAAGAGGACGGUUGGUGUGUUCCAUGAACUUCUUUCUCUUUCACUGCUGCGAAGGGUUCCGGUUCCAAUCUUGGGGAAAUUCUGUGAAGAGUACAGAUUUUCCAAUGCCUUUCCUAAUAUCUUUACUAGGCACUCGGGAAUUUUCUACAUGUCGCUCAAGGAAGGUAUCAAGACUGCUGUGCUGAGGGAAGCAUAUAAGAACAGUGAAUUGAUCGACAAGGAUCCUUUGCACGAGAUAAAGGAUAAGUUUAUGGAAAUGCUGGACGAAGGGCAUCGCGAAUCGUUGGAAACAGAAAGACUAAGACGAGAAUCAGUCCAACGGGAAAUGGAACAGGCAGCCAAUAGUAAUGCAGGUGGCCAGGAUUGGGAGGAGGGAUCUGCAGAGGAUGGUUUCCAAGAAUGCCAAUGAAGUGAUUCUAUGUCCACGACUAUGAAGUUGGCUAUAAUAUGGUUGUAUAAGCAGUAUGUCCAAAAUGAAAAUGGGCACUUCCAUGUGCUAUAACAGGAAUCCAUUGGACAGUCUCGGAUGUAAAGCCAUUAGCUUUGGUUGUAUGUGCCCCUUCUUCUUCUUCUUCUCUCCACCACCAAAAGCAAAAGAGUAAUGCGGCUGUAUAGAAGGACAAUGGCUAUAAGCUUGCAGUGUCGUUCUCGGUGUCGGUGUUGCUGGUUGCUUUGCUGUGGGCUCUGUUAGUGGCAUCGCACGAGAUUGGAUUUUGGAUGGUCUAUGUGAAAUGUAGUGAGGAUAUGAGAGAUUGAUCACUUGACUUGGAAGCAUGCAGGUCCUUAAUGUUCACAUUGCCACUGGCGAGUCAAGGCUGUUUAUUAGUAUAGACCUGCGAGUGGCGCAGCAGUGAGUAAGGGGCUAAGUUUAUAUUGAUGCUAGUUAUUUGAAGAUUGCCUGUCUUGGAACCUGCUAUUUGUAGAAAACCUUCAAUGAAAGCAGUAAGAUGGCUAACUGUUCUUGAGUGCUUCUGGUA